GGCAGGGCCUCCCCGGGGCAGGAGGGAGGGACGGAGCGAGAGCAGCCGAGGCGAGCCCGCCGCCAGCCCGUCCGUCCGUGCGGCUCCGUCCCGGCUUUGUUGUGCUCGGGCCCGGGGGCGGGGAAGCGGAGGGAAGCGGAGGGAAGCGGGGAAGGCUCCGCUCCUCCUCCGCGGCCCCGGCCCCGCUCAUGGCGACGCUGGGCACAUCCGGGCCUCUCCUCCUUCUCCUCCUCCUCCGGCGGCCGCCGCUGCCCUGAGCGCCCGGCCCGGCUCCAUUCGCGCCUCCCCCGAGCCCUUGGCGGAGCAGCGGCGGGGGAGCCCCGGCCGGGGCCAUGUCCAACCCGGGGGCCCGGCGGAACGGGCCCGUCAAGCUGCGGCUGACAGUACUGUGUGCAAAAAACUUGGUGAAAAAGGACUUUUUCCGACUUCCUGAUCCCUUUGCUAAGGUUGUGGUGGAUGGAUCUGGCCAAUGCCAUUCUACAGAUACUGUGAAGAAUACACUUGAUCCCAAAUGGAAUCAGCAUUAUGACCUCAACAAGGAAAACUGGAAAAUUCAAGACAGAUAUAUUGGGAAGUCGGAUUCAAUAACAAUCAGCGUGUGGAAUCACAAGAAAAUUCAUAAAAAGCAGGGAGCUGGUUUUCUGGGUUGUGUGAGACUUCUUUCAAAUGCAAUCAACCGCCUUAAAGACACUGGUUAUCAGAGGUUGGAUCUGUGCAAGCUUGGGCCAAAUGACAAUGAUACUGUUAGAGGACAGAUAGUAGUCAGUCUUCAGUCCAGAGACCGAAUAGGCACAGGAGGACAAGUUGUGGACUGCAGUCGGUUAUUCGAUAACGAUUUGCCGGAUGGGUGGGAGGAGCGCAGGACUGCUUCUGGAAGGAUCCAGUAUUUAAACCACAUCACACGCACAACUCAGUGGGAGCGACCGACACGGCCAGCAUCCGAGUACUCGAGCCCAGGGAGGCCCCUGAGCUGCUUUGUGGACGAGAACACUCCGAUCAGCGGCACCAACGGCGCGUCCUGCGGGCAGGCGGCGGAUCCGCGGCUGGCCGAGAGGAGGGUCCGCUCCCAGAGGCACAGGAACUACAUGAGCAGGACACACCUGCACACUCCUCCUGACCUGCCUGAGGGAUAUGAGCAAAGGACAACUCAGCAAGGUCAGGUCUAUUUUCUGCAUACUCAAACUGGUGUCAGCACGUGGCACGAUCCAAGAGUACCUAGGGAUCUUAGCAACAUCAAUUGUGAAGAGCUUGGUCCACUGCCUCCUGGAUGGGAGAUCCGAAAUACAGCAACAGGCAGGGUUUAUUUUGUUGACCAUAACAACAGAACGACGCAGUUCACGGACCCGCGGCUCUCUGCAAACCUGCACUUGGUGCUGAACCGGCAGAACCAGCUGAAGGACCAGCAGCAGCAGCAGCAGCAGCAGGUGGUGUCCCUGUGCCAGCUCCCGGACGAGGCCGAGUGCCUGACGGUGCCGCGCUACAAGCGGGACCUGGUGCAGAAGCUCAAGAUCCUGCGGCAGGAGCUGUCCCAGCAGCAGCCUCAGGCUGGCCACUGUCGCAUCGAGGUCUCCAGGGAGGAGAUUUUUGAGGAAUCCUACAGGCAAGUCAUGAAGAUGAGGCCAAAAGACUUGUGGAAACGAUUAAUGAUAAAAUUUCGUGGGGAGGAAGGCCUUGAUUAUGGAGGUGUUGCCAGGGAGUGGCUGUACCUGCUGUCCCAUGAAAUGUUGAAUCCAUACUAUGGGCUCUUCCAGUACUCCCGGGAUGACAUCUACACCCUGCAGAUCAACCCCGACUCCGCCGUCAACCCGGAGCACUUGUCCUAUUUCCACUUUGUGGGCCGGAUCAUGGGCAUGGCUGUGUUCCACGGGCACUACAUCGACGGCGGCUUCACGUUGCCUUUCUACAAGCAGUUGCUUGGGAAGCCAAUUACUUUGGAUGACAUGGAAUUGGUUGACCCUGAUCUCCAUAACAGCUUAGUCUGGAUACUUGAGAACGACAUCACCGGGGUCCUGGACCACACGUUCUGUGUGGAGCACAAUGCCUACGGGGAGAUCAUUCAGCAUGAGCUGAAACCCAAUGGCAAAAGCAUCCCUGUGACAGAGGAGAACAAAAAGGAAUAUGUCAGACUUUAUGUGAACUGGCGGUUUUUACGAGGAAUUGAAGCUCAGUUCCUGGCGCUCCAAAAGGGAUUUAAUGAAGUAAUCCCACAACAUCUGCUGAAAACAUUUGAUGAGAAGGAGUUAGAGCUCAUCAUUUGUGGACUGGGAAAAAUUGAUGUUAACGACUGGAAGGCAAAUACCAGGUUAAAACACUGUACCCCGGACAGCAACAUCGUGAAAUGGUUCUGGAAAGCUGUGGAGCUCUUCGACGAGGAGAGGAGGGCGCGGCUGCUCCAGUUCGUGACCGGCUCCUCCCGGGUGCCUCUGCAGGGCUUCAAGGCACUGCAAGGUGCUGCAGGCCCACGACUCUUCACAAUACACCAGAUUGAUGCCAGCACUAAUAAUUUGCCGAAGGCUCAUACCUGCUUCAACAGGAUCGACAUUCCCGCGUACGAGAGCUACGAGAAGCUCUACGAGAAGCUGCUCACGGCCAUCGAGGAGACCUGUGGCUUUGCUGUGGAAUGACCCUCCCAGCCUCUCCCAGACUCUAUUUAUACUCCUGUCAGCCAGAAAGCCCUUCCUUCCCUCAGCCAAGACUCAAGAAAUGCUUGAAAUACAGGAAACUUUCCCUUUUCUACACUAGGACACUGGGAGGGAAAGGACAACUUUUGGAUUUUUUUUUUUAAAGUUUUUUAAUUUUUUAUUUCAAGAAAAUAGGUUCUGUGGUUCCUGCCAUAGGAUCAUUCAGCUGCUAUUAAAAACUAAUAUCUUGAACAUACAGAAUGCUGACUUUUCCUACAUUUCAACAGUUAAGCAGUAUUCUAUACUUAAAGACUACUACUAUUUUUGUAAGAGGUAAUCUAUUAUAUUUGCCUACCUGAUUUCUAUUCUCAGAUACCAAGACACAACUUCAGCAGUCGGUACAAGUCACGUUUCAGCCUGUUUUAAAUGUAUGAUACUGAACAGCAUUUAUACCUGCUAUUUUUGGAAAAAAAUAUUUUGGAUUAUUCUAACUUUGCAUAAAAUUGGCUGAAAGAAUCAUUAAUCUUUUUAAUGAAAGCCACUUACAUGUUAACUGCAUUUUCUUAUAGCAAACCAUUAUAUUCUGCAAUGUAAAUUCCAGGUAAAUGUUGCCACAGGGGCUUUUUUUUUAUAUUUUUCAAGCAGGAAUUCCGAAUAUGAUGUUUUGGGGUCCUAUUUAUAUCACUUGUCAGAUUCCUCCAGCAGAAUUUCUAGUGAGUGACACAGACUAUUUGGUACAGUCCUUGUGUUUACACGUGGAAUAACCUUUUCUUAAUGAACAGUAGAUGUUUUGAUUUUUUUUUUUUUUAAACAGCAUUUUUCUAACAAGUCUGUCAAGAGUAUUUUUUGUUGCUUUUGACCUUAAAUUGAAACACUGCAUUUUGCAGCUGUUGAAGCACUGAUGGGCUUUGCCAGCAGAAGCCUGUCAGCAGUUUGUUCCAGAAUCCAUCCUGUCCAGUCAACCAAAGUUUGUUUGAAUGCAGCCAAAUCAUAUUCUGUAUUUGUUGAUCCUAAAGAUUUAUCAGGUAAAACACGUUGUAAUCUUUGUCCAGCUGCUCAUGACACGUGGGUUUAAGUUACAGCUAGGGAAAAAUGGUGUAUUGACUGAAAUAUGUGUAAUGUGCUUUGGAAAUGAGGUUGUAAGAGCACAUAAUUUAUUGAUUGUAGGGAUGGAAGUAAGUAUAUAUAUGAUUUAUAGCAUGGGUUGAUCUCUUCAAAGGGGAAUAAAAUGCACUACCAGUAGAGGGAACUGAACUUUGAUGUUAGUUUGGGAAUUCUCAGUUGAGAUCUGUCUGAUCUGCUUGUGGUGUGUGGGUAAAUCAGGCUGCUUCAGAAAUGGUGCCAUUCUCCUCUCAGCCAUGAAAAUAUUUGGAAUAAGUAGCAGGUUUUUUUCCAAUCAGUGUUGUGUUUUUGUAACUUAGGUUACAAUUAAUCAUCAAAUCUGCACUAUUUUUUUGCUGCCAAUGAGAAGAAAGUCAAAGGUAUUGAAAAUGCUAAAAGGAUGGGAUGUAAGCAGCUGUUCCAUGUUUGCAGUGUAAGUCACAGGGAAGCAGCUCAUUCUCUGUCUGUUCUGUGGAGCCUGAACUAAAUUUUGCUCUGCCAAGUCUGACUGCCACAGUGAGUAAACUACUACUGGAUGUUGUGUGUUAGAAUAGUGGGCAAGGGACUACUUUUAUAGAAUUGUGGUGGGAAUCUGGUGAGCCAAAUCCACGUUGUUUGAUUAUUUUUUUUGUACAGCUGUUGCUGGCAGGUUUCUUCCAAGGGACUUGCUUCCCUUUCUGGGCUGGCUGCUGGAUGAGGCUACUUAAGGAUGCAAACAGAAAGCCAAGAGACUUGCUGUGACAGCCAGGUUUGAAACACAUCAGAGCCUUUUCUUUCCAUUUCAGUGGACUCCUGCACUCCUGUUGAAGGGCUGGUGCUUUUGCAUCCGUGCUGGGCUCCCCAGUUCAGGGCUUUCAGGUGCCUGUUACCAGGGAAGCUGCCCCUGGCUCCAGCCCUGCCCAAAUGCCCUGCUCAGCCCCUGCCAGGUCUGUGUGAGUGACUGCUGCAGGGGUUUUACAGACAGGUUCUUGUGACUGUUCACAGGAGAGACCCCAGUGUCAUAGAACUGAUAGAGGUGAUUUUCAAAAUUUUUUUUGUGUUUGCCCAGGCUGUGGCCACAGCCUCCCUGGUCAUGGAACAUGGCAAACAUAAAAUCUGGCUGGUGGAUUUAUUGAGUGCAUAGUUAUGGUCACCUUGCUGUCAUAAAAGCAUCUUUGGGGAGGGAGGAGAUGAGCUCUGCAGAACAGAGACCCAAGAUCAGCUGAUAAUUACAUUUAUUUUCACAGCAGCCUUAGCAGUACAUCUGUUUUUCUACUAAACAUUUUGGUAUGGCAUUGAGAAAUUUUUUUAACUGCCACAGAUAUUGUAAAUUUAACAUGUAAUAGGCAAAACUAAAAUCUGCAUUGAACUUUCCAUAGCUGGCAGAUGAGGAUGAAUCUACCAAGUAUUUUGAGUGCCUUUCUACCUUCAUAAAGACCGAGAGCUUUAACUGAAGCACCUCAUCACCCAGUCAGAUGUUUAUCUGAAUGUGGUAAAGGGUUGAUUCCUUUCCAAAAUUUUGUUUCAAGAACAUGUCAGCUACUUUCCCCUCAAAAAGGUGCUAAGCCUAAUAUUGCAUUUUAACCUUGGACUUUCACCCCAUGAUUAAUGUGAAUAUUUAUUUCAAUGUGUCCCUCUUACUGGGUUUUACUUUAUCCAGUCUUUAGUUGUUUUAGAGAGAUGUCAUAUCAUGGUUUUAUGCUGUUGCUUUUCAUUAUGAAUGUUUAAUUAUGAACAGUGACUUUUGUAGAUUUCAAAUAUACAGUUCACAGUUGAGUUUCAGAGGAUUUAAUUUCUCGGUGUAAAGAGUUUUGUAAUGGUGCUUUGUACAGUAUGUAUUCUAAUUUUUUUUUUUUUUGCACAUAGGUUCAGUUUCCCUAAACUGAUUUAUUUGUACCAAAUUUUUGUGUUGUACUAAAGUCCAGAGCACACAAGCUGUUUUGAAAUUCCUGUUCAACAACACUACAUCUGUACUGAACUCCAGGUGUGUUUAAAAGGCUGCAUUGAUGGAAGUUCAAGCUUUGCUCCUGUCCCAGCACCAUCCUCCAGCUCGAUGUAGCAUCUUUUUAAACAGCACCACACAGUUAACAGGUGCCAUUUGUUGUACUUUACACUAUGUAGUAGGUUCCUGGCUCUACACAUCCUCAGAGCUUUGUCUGUAGUUGUAAUUAGUUUAUACAAGUGUAAUUACUCUUCCACAAACUGACAGUUCUUAGUUUAUCAUUUCCAUUGUAUUUAUUACAGAGUGUUUUAGCAUUGGUAUCAUUGUAUUUUCACCCAGCUGUUACAUGAGCUUUAACAACAACAAAAAAAAAUCUGUAUAAAAUGGUUUUUAAGUACUUAAUGUAUGUACCCAUGCAGAAGUUGAGCAAUAAAUUGUAUGCUGUUUGCACUGUCACAGCAUCAAUGGUUUUAAAA